GGAAUCUAGUCAGUAAGACUCUAUUUACAUCUGAAAACGAAAUUCUCCCAUCGCGAUGGAAGGAUAACAAACAAACAAUGGAGUCGGUUGAUAGCCAGGAUCACACCGGAGCUCGGAGAAUCACUGUUCCCCACCCCCACCUUGAAGCAGCAAACCGCUUGUUCGUCGCCGCCGCGUUUGGAGCUUUGUCGAAGGAGCUCAAUUUGACGUGCAGCGGCUUUCCAAGAGCUCAGGAUUUUUUUUUUUUUUCGCCCGACAUUUUGGUUGCAACGUCAAAAUUGCGACCUGCGCAAAAAACACAGAACAAGCCGUCUGCGACUUUUGAAAGAUCCGGUACAAGUUCGCAAACCGGUCUUUUACUUGACUUGCCAGGCGCCCAUUUACUUUUUUUAAUCGGCCGCUCUAGGGUCCUUACCCCCACCUCGGCCUCUUCAAAAUGCAGGCUCCAGUUGUGGUGAUGAACACCCAGAGUGGUGGUGAGAGGCAGACCGGGAGGAAAGCACAACUGUCAAACAUUGCUGCAGCAAAAAUUGUUGCCGACAUUAUCCGAUCAUGCCUGGGCCCCAAGGCCAUGCUCAAGAUGCUACUCGACCCCAUGGGCGGCAUCGUCCUCACCAACGACGGCCACGCCAUCUUGCGAGAGAUCGAGGUAUCGCACCCCGCUGCCAAGAGUAUGAUCGAGCUGAGCCGGACACAGGACGAGGAGGUCGGUGAUGGUACAACAUCCGUCAUCAUUCUCGGCGGUGAAAUUCUCGCCCAGGCCCUGCCUCAGCUGGAGCGCAACAUCCACCCUGUUGUUAUCAUCUCGGCCUUCAAGCGCGCCCUCAAGGAUGCCCUGGAGAUCAUCGACGAGAUCUCAACACCGAUAGAUAUCAAUGAUGAUGAAGCCAUGUACCAGCUGAUAUCCUCUUCCAUCGGCACAAAGUUCGUGUCAAGAUGGUCUAAACUCAUGUGCAGUCUGGCGCUGAAGGCAGUCCGCACCGUAACCUGGGAGGCGGGCACUGGAAAGCGGGAGGUGGACAUCAAGCGGUAUGCGCGUAUCGAGAAGGUUCCUGGAGGCGAGAUUGAGGACAGCAGGGUCUUGGACGGUGUCAUGCUCAAUAAGGACAUUACGCAUCCCAAGAUGCGCAGGCGCAUCGAGAAUCCCCGCAUCAUACUACUUGACUGCCCGCUGGAGUACAAGAAGGGCGAGUCUCAGACGCAGAUCGAGAUUACCAAGGAGGAGGACUGGAACAGGAUUCUUCAGAUCGAGGAGGAGCAGGUCGAGGCCAUGUGCAAGCACAUCCUGGAACUCAAGCCCGAUCUGGUGAUUACCGAGAAGGGUGUCUCCGAUUUGGCACAGCACUACUUCAUGAAGGCCAACGUCACCGCACUGAGGCGUGUGCGCAAGACAGACAACAACCGUAUAGCGAGGGCAACGGGGGCCACGAUUGUCAACCGGGUGGAGGAUCUGCAAGAGUCGGACGUGGGAACACAGUGCGGCCUCUUCGAGAUCGAGAAGAUUGGCGACGAGUACUUCACCUUCCUGACCAAGUGCAACACCCCCAAGGCAUGCACAGUGCUUCUCCGCGGUCCUUCAAAAGACAUCCUCAAUGAGGUUGAGCGCAACCUACAGGAUGCCAUGGGCGUGGCUCGCAACGUCAUGUUCCACCCGCGCCUGUCACCAGGUGGUGGUGCCACCGAGAUGGCCGUCUCUGUCCGUCUGGGUCAGCUUGCAAAGAGCAUCGAGGGCGUUCAGCAAUGGCCAUACCGCGCGGUGGCCGAGGCGCUCGAGGUCAUCCCCCGCACCCUGGUACAGAAUGCCGGCGCCAGUCCUGUGCGAGUCCUUACCGAUCUGCGCGCCAAGCACGCAGAGGGCAAGAGCUCCUGGGGCAUCAACGGCGACACUGGUGGCCUGGCUGACAUGAAGGAGUACGGCGUCUGGGAGCCCGAGGCCAUCAAGGUGCAGAGCAUGAAGACCGCAAUCGAGGCCGCAUGUCUGCUCCUGAGAGUCGAUGAUAUUUGCAGCGCAAAGAAGGCACAGCCGGGAGUCGGAACCGGUAUGACUGGAGGCGAUGAUUAGACAUUUUUAGAUUAAGAAACAGCGCGUUUCCCCAUGAAAAACUCGGUUCGGAUUUGGCAUGAAGCUCGUCCUCGGUUGCUCAGACUACUUUGGAAAAAGAAAAAAAGAAUUAGGAGGAGGAUGUGCUGGAAGCUGACAACCCAUUGUGUUUGACUGGUAUGUGCCGAUGCUGGAGUUUCAAGGUAGACUAAAGGCCACUGUUUAGUGAUAGAAUUCCCUCAUGGCCUGUGCUUCCUGGAGCAUGCUGUAAAUGCGAUCAACGUCUCAAGGGCAUCAAA